AUAUCUCAAGAUAGCCUAGUACUUCUACUUUUUUUCGUAAAGGAAUGUCAAAAUAACGUCAAAAUAACGUUUUGGUACAAUUUGUAAAACAUUUUUGUUGAAAAUAAGUUAAUACACGAUACCAAUAAAUGAUGCAGAAAUGGUCAAAGUACUCCUAGCCUCUACAUUAAUUACUCAAGAGGUAAAUAAUAAGUUUUUAAGCUGAGAACUUAAAAGGAUUAACGUCUAUCAUAAAACUGUCAUAUAUGACAGAGCUUGUAUAGGUAUUUUUACGAUUUAAUCGAUACGUUCGUAAGUAGAUACAACAAUGGAUGAUCAGCAAUUAAAUAAUUUAAUUAAAUGGUUAGAUACAUUUGAUCUUCAAGCUCCUCAUUCCACAGCAGAAGAUAUAAGUGAUGGUGUUGCUUUAGCAGAUGUCUUAGCUCAAAUUGCUCCCGAGUGGUUUACUGCUGCUUGGAGAGCGAAAAUUAAAACAGAUGUUAGUUCUAACUGGCGAUUAAAAGUUAGUAAUCUUAAAAAAAUUGUUGAGGCUAUAAUGGAAUAUUAUAUAGAAUGUUUAAAUCAACAGUUAUCAGGUUACAUUAAACCCGAUGCAACUAAAAUUGGAGAACACUGUGAUAACUAUGAACUGCAUCGUUUAUUACAGUUAAUUCUUGGUUGUGCAGUUAACUGCAAUCAGAAACAACAAUAUAUAACAAGAAUUAUGGGAAUGGAAGAAACUGUUCAGCAAGCAAUUAUGCAGAGCAUUCAAGAAUUAGAAAGUAAUAUGCAUGGACCAAGAUUAAGUUUAGGUACUAGCCUUAAUUUUGAAUCUUUGGAUGUAGCUGAUGGUACUCAGCAAAGAUUAUUAGCAGAACUUCAAGUAACUGUUGAUAUGAAAGAACAAUUAGCACAAAAAUGUCAUGAACUCGAUCAACAACUUUCGCUUUUACAAGAAGAAAAAGCAGCAUUAGUGACAGAAAAUAAAAAGCUUCAAGAAAGAUUGGAUGAAUUUGAAAAUCCAGAAGAGUCUGGUUCUAUCUUAAGAUAUUCUGGUCUUAGAAAACAAUUAGAAGCAUUGAAAGAUGAAUUAUUUAAAGUAGAAACAUCUAGAGAUGAUUAUAGACUAAAGGUAGAGCUAUUAGAAAAGGAAGUAUUAGAAUUACAAUCUAGGCAAGAAGAUUUACAAAAAGCAGCUGAUGAGGCUAAUCACCUGAAAGAUGAGAUAGAUGCAUUAAGAGAAACUGCAGAUAAAGUAGCAAAGUAUGAACAGACAAUAGAAUCAUACAAAAAGAAAAUGGAAGAUUUGAGUGAUUUAAAAAGACAAGUUAAAAUGUUAGAAGAUAAGAAUUUAGAGUAUCUACAAUCCAAAAUAGAUUACGAAGAGGAAUCAAAACGGACUACAAUGCUCCGUAAUCAUUUAGAACUUUGUAAACAACAACUUGCUGAAGCACAUCAUAAAUUGGAUGAACAAACUAAUAAAUGUGACAAACUUGAAUUUGAAGGAAAAAAAAUGGAAGCAAAAUUAAGCACUUUACAAAGAGAAAGAGAUAGAUUAAUUGUAGAAAGAGAUGCUUUAAAAGAAACAAAUGAGGAAUUGAAAUGCACACAAUUGCAAGCAGCAGAAAAUAUAGCAAAACCUACUACUGACAGUACUGUUGCAAAUACGGAAAUGAUUCCUCUUGAAAUUAAAGAAAAACUAGUUUGUUUACAACUUGAAAAUAAAAUGUUGAAACUUAAACAGAAAGGAAAUGAGGAUAAAUUACCAACAGUUCAAGCACUAUUAGAAGAUUCAGAGGAAAGAUUGAAUAUACUUAGAGGUAAAAAUCGCAAAGCUAAUCAAAGAAUAAUUGAAUUAGAAAAUAGAUUGGAAGAAGCAUUGGGCAGUCAAUUAAGCGGAGACAAUAAAACUGAUAUCAAUUUAGGACAAAAGAUAACACAGCUACAAGAUGAACUAGGAAAACUACAAGCAGAGAAGGAACGUUUAAUUUUACAAGUCGAAGAACGGGAAAAUGCAUUACAAGCACAAAAGCAGAAAGCUUUUGCAUUACAGGAAAAGUUAACACGCAGAGAGUAUGAAAAUGCUGCACUAGAGGAGCGUUACAAAAAAUAUGUUGAAAAAGCAAAAAGUGUAAUAAAAAGUUUAGAUCCUAAACAAAACAAUUCAUCUCCUAAUGAGGUAGCUGUUUUGAGGAAUCAAAUUUUAGAGCAACGUAAAAUUAUGGAGGAUAUGGAACGUUCUUUGAAAGAAUCUAAGUUAAUUAAAGAAAUGGAAGAAAAGUUAAUGAUAUCUGCAUUUUAUCGCUUAGGUUUAACUUGUCAUAGAGAAGCAAUUGAUCAUCGGCUUGCAGCCUUAAGUUCAGCAAGUCAGGGACAAUCUUUUUUAGCAAGGCAAAGACAACCAUCUGCUAGACGGCAUCCGCCUUAUAACUCUAAAUAACAACUAACAAAAAAUUAUUUAUAUUCGCUGAUUUUAUUUUAAUUAAUGUUUAAAUGAAACUGGCAGUUGAUCAACGGCUUGCAGCCUUAAGUUCAGCAAGUCAGGAACAAUCUUUCUUAGCAAGACAAAGACAUCCGUCUGCUAGAUGGUAUCUACCUUAUAGCUCUGAAUAACAACUAACAAAAAAUUAUUUAUAUUCACUAAUUUUAUUUUAAUUAAUGUUUAAAUGGAACUAUAUAAACAAAAUAGUUAAAAUUUUAUCAGGUUCAGCAUUAUAUUAUUUUACUAUAUUAUCAAGUUUUAUUUAUUUAACCAAUAUAUAUUUUAUUAUUUUCUUGACCAUUAAUAAAAUAUUUAUUUGAAAUAAAUUCUAAAUGUUUUAAUUUUUACAAAUAUAUUAUACAUUCAUGAACAUACAACUUAUUGUAUAUAUUGUAUAUUACUUAUCUUUAUGCUGUUAAAACGUGAUUAUGGAACAUAAUAUGCUUACAGACUAUAUGAACCUCGAAAUGCAAUAAUGUAACUUUGUAUGUUUCUAUUUCAGAAGAAUUAUACUAAUAAUGUGCCUGGUUA